GACAGUGCUGGCAGCAAUUUCAUAACGCUCUCCUGUGUGAUUUUUUUGGGGGGUCCAUCUCUGGGAAAUACUACAUUAUAGAGAGGAAAACCUUUUGACUUAAUCAAGUAUCCACAUGUGUCCUCGAAUCACCUUUUUUUACUCGGGAGAAAGCAACAUCAAGGCGUGCCUGGCGAUUAUUGGCGGAUUCUUCAACCUUCUUUGAUGACAAACUAAUGGUGGGUGCCGGGAUGGGAAUGGAUGCCAUGGGGCUGCCCAAAGCUCUUUCUAAUGCAGGAGGCUAGCCGUUCACUCUGAAAGUGCAGGAUGAAAUGAUGGAACAGCAGCUUGUACCGCCAGGACCAGACAGCUUCCGCCCGUUUUGUCGUGAGUCCCUCGAUGCCAUCGAGAGGCGGAUCGCUGACGAGAACGCCAAGAAGUCCAAGGCGAAGCCCAACAACGAUGACGACGACGGGCCUAAGCCCAGCAGUGACCUGGAGGCUGGCAAAUCACUGCCACUCAUAUAUGGGGACAUUCCCAAAGGAUUGGUGUCUACACCACUGGAGGACUUGGACACCUUCUACAGCAAUCAGAAAACCUUUAUAGUGUUGAACCGAGGGAAGGCCAUCUUCCGCUUCAACGCCACUCCUGCAUUGUAUGUCUUAAACCCCUUCAACCCUCUUAGAAGAAUAUCAAUUAAGGUUUUGGUACACUCAUAUCCUUCGAUUAGAAAAGGAUUAACCACAUUUAAUGUUUUUGCGGUCAAAUAA